AUGUCUCGGUACGACUCCAGAACCACAAUCUUCUCGCCAGACGGGCGUCUUCACCAAGUGGAGUAUGCCCAAGAAGCCAUCUCCAAUGCCGGUACCGCCAUUGGCGUCCUCUCACAAGAAGGAGUCGUAUUAGCGUGUGAAAAGAAGUUCACCUCGAAAUUGCUUGAUAACGACGGCAGCGCAGAGAAAUUGUACAUCUUAAACGAUCAGAUGAUGUGUGCUGUUGCUGGAAUGACGGCAGAUGCCUCCAUUCUCGUGAACAACGCCAGGGUGACUGCUCAGAGGUACUUGAAGACGUACAACGAAGAGAUCCCUUGUGAGCUUCUUAUAAAAAGAGUUUGUGACGUCAAGCAAGGCUACACACAACACGGAGGAUUACGUCCGUUUGGUGUCUCUUUCAUAUAUGCUGGAUACGACGACAUACACCAGUUCCAAUUGUUCACGUCGAACCCUUCAGGUAACUACUCUGGGUGGAAGGCGAUCUCCAUUGGAGCCAACAACUCGGCGGCACAGACGUUGUUGAAAAAGGACUACAAGGACGAGAUGCUGUUGAAGGAGGCGUGCGAGUUGGCAGUGAAGGUGCUUUCGAAGACGAUGGAUGCGUCGAACAUGAAUAGCGAGAAGUUGGAGUUUGCCACGUUGAGCAAGGGGAAAGAGAAGGACGUGGUGGUGAGGAAGAUCUGGAAGGAUCAGGAGAUUGACGACUUGAUCAAGGCCUCUGGUGUUUUGGAAAAGGCCGACGAGGAGUAA